AUGCGCCCCGCGGGCAAUACGUUUUGCUCCCGCGCAGCCCGUCUUGCGCGCGCGCGGUCUGUCUCGCCCGUUGCAUUCGUCGCCCGUCGCACCCCAGGCUCUGCCCAUCCUGUCCCCUGCUCGUCGCGCCCCGUCGGCUGCCCUGCGGACGCCCCGUCGGCUGCCCCGCGCGCGCCCUUUUUCCGGCAGCCCGUCCCUCCCCUCCCUCUUCCUCUCUCCCUACAGCACUUGUUGCUGUGGGGGGGGGGGGGGGAAGGGAAGAGGUUAAGGGGGGAGGAGAGGGAGGUUAAGGGGGUGGAGAGAAAGAGAGAGAGAGUGAGAAAGAGAGAGAGAGAGAGAGAGAGAGAGAGAGAGAGAGAGAGAGAGAGAGAGAGAGAGAGAGAGAGAGAGAGAGAGAGAGAUUAA